AUGUCGGUUGUGGAAGCUACUCCCAAAGCGUCGACAGGAGCUGGAAAAGCAAUGUCUACAACGCCCGUCCCCGGCAAUUUCGAUGAAGUGAAUAAGAGAAUUACGCGGAUUGAAAAGGAGAUUUCAGCGUUAACUGUCAUCACUCGUUCGGAGGCCUUGCUUGUGUCUUACGUCGACGUAACGAAGUUCGGUUAUGAAAGACAGAGUUACAAGCAAAUGUUUCUCGACCUUUCGAAGAAGCUCAUCGUUGUCGAUAUUUCUGAGAAGAUUAGAAGUGUGAUAAAACUUUCGUCGAACAAGGAAAAUGAACACCAGUUUGUGGUAAAUCUUCUUGAUGCGGAACUUCUGAAGUUGUAUUCGGGAAAAGAAUUCGGGAAGAAGAUUCGUGAAUUAAAUGCUGAACGCGGCACGAGGCUAACGAUUUCGAACAAGUUUCAGCAUUUUGGACGAGGUUUGUUUCGGUCCAACUAUCGCAAUAGAUUUGAU